UCAUUUGUGAAGGUACCAAACCGCGUGUCUUCUGUUUGUUGAGUUAAAUUUGUUAAUUAAAACCAGAUUCACGAUGAAACAGUUGGAAACAGGAAAGAAAGGUGCCAAAGGCAAGGAGCAGCCAAACUUGAAAAAGAAACUUAAACCGGCGAAGAAACAGAAGGGCAAACAGAAGCUCAAACCAAUAGACUCGGAUCAAUCAUCCGACGAGGACAUUCCGCCACUGAAGGAUACGCGUACUUCGGAUGAGCCGGUGCCUGAAAAGAAACGAUGGACGAACAAGCAGCGUGUGUUGGUUUUGUGUGCCCGCGGUAUCAAUCACCGGGAUCGGCACCUCAUGAAGGAUUUGAAAACGUUAAUGCCGCACCACCGUUCCGAGCCGAAAAUGGAACGCUGGAAGACGCUCGCGGUGGUGAACGAGAUGUGCGAAAUGAAGCACUGCAACAAGGUGAUCCUUUUCGAGGGCCGUCGAAAACGCGAUCUGUACAUGUGGCUCGCGAACGCCGAACGUGGACCGUCGGUGAAGUUUCUCAUCGAAAACAUUCACACCAUGGGCGAGAUGAAGUUGACGGGAAACUGUCUACGCGGUUCGCGCCCACUACUGUCGUUCGAUGAGGAAUUCGAAAAGCAACCACACUUGGUUCUCAUCAAGGAGCUACUGACGCAGAUUUUCGGCGUACCGAACUAUCACCCGAAAAGCCAACCGUUCAUCGAUCGUGUGAUAACAUUCACCUUUCUGGACAACCGUAUCUGGUACCGGCACUUCCAGAUCUUGUCAGAGGACGGUGGGUUGUCCGAGAUCGGUCCCCGGUUUGUGAUGAAUCCGAUCAGGAUUUUCGACGGUUCGUUCACCGGCGCACCGAUCUGGGAGAAUGCCGACUACCAGAGUCCGGCCAAGCAUCGCCAAAUGCUUCGAAAGGCCGCCAGCGAGAAGUAUAAGGCCAGCAUAAAGCACAAGAUCGAUAAGGAGCUGCAUGCGCCGCAGGUUACGCACGAACUCGAUCCUUACGGAGACAUCUUCCAAGGAAAUGAGAAGGAUCGGGCGAAGCAGAUGAUCGAAAAGGAGAAGAAACAGGGCGUACCGGACAAGGAACGCCAGAAGGUGGAAGAGAUGCAGAAGCGAAUGAAACAGAAGGAUUCGAUGCGUAAGCUUAAAUUGGCCGCCAUUAAGCGAAGCAAAACCAGCAAUGUUAUUAACAAAAACACCAUACCGAAAGGAAACACUAAAACGGGCAACAAGAAGAUUGCCAAGAGAGGCGACAAGAAUAAGAAAAAGGCCUUUGGUAGGUCGAAAAAAUAACAGGGCUCUGUUAGAAUACAUAUUUUAAGUCAGCAGUGUCGCAAAAUUUAUGCAAAAUAAAACCGUCUACAAAACAAGCCUCAUGUUCAUGUUUUCCCUUCAGCUGGAAUUGGAUUAAUUUGUUAAUUUACAUUUUCAGCUUUUCGCUCUCUGUA